AUGGAUCCUGUCUCUCCAGAAAGAUGGAGGUCAUUAUCCUCUUCUUCAAUUGCAAGUAAAAGGAAGUACAAACCUUUCAACUGCUUCAGUAACUACUGUAAGGAAUUAAAGUCUCGUUCAUUGAGUUUACCAUCAAUCCUCCUACUGAUUUAUGUUAUACCAAUGGCAAUUAGUUACGCAUUUUUUGAAAUAACUUUUAGAAAUUUAUCCCGUGACCCUUCCAACCAAUGUGGACCUAUUGACUCUGGUAGCAUUACAGUCUUUUAUAAUGUUGGAAUUAUAGUAGGAAAUGCUAUAUUUCUUUUUGCUCCUUUCUGUGGUUGGUUGUCAGAUACUAAAAUUGGUAGGGAUAAUGCUGUUUCUAUCAGUCUAUGGCUUGGUUGGAUAGGCACUCUAUUAUUUGCCAUAGGAUGCUGUUUGCAAUAUAAUUCAUGUGGUACAACUGCUCUGAUAGGAAGAUAUGUAUUUUUUAGUAUAGCUUUUGUAUUCAUGUUAGUCUCAUUGUCACUCCUAUAUACUAAUAUAUUACCAUAUGGUAUAGAUCAGUUGAUGAAUGAAUCUACUGUCAAGAUAAGAGCAUUCAUUCACUGGUACUGGCUGUGCCUUUAUAGUGGCUACAUAUUUUCAGUUGUAUCGGAUGAGCUCAUUGUUUCAGUUGUGGCUUUUGUUUUCUUUUCUUUUUCUCUUUGUCUUCAUUUUCUCUUUAAGCAUCGUUUUGAGCACAUACCUAUUCCUAAUCCUUAUAAAAUUGUAUUUAAAGUAUUGAAGUUUUCUCUCACAACUAGUGGCACUAGAAGACAGCAUCGUAGUGCAUUCACAUACUGGGGAGAGGAGCCCAGUAGAAUGGAUCUUGCUAAGGAGAGGUAUGGUGGUUGUUUCUCUCAUGAAGAAGUGGAAAAUGUCAAAACUUUCCUACGUAUUGCUGUUGUUUUGGCCACCUUUUUUCCCCUUUAUAUUUCCAUUGUUCCGUUCUUAAAUAGUUCUUCAAAGUUUGUUGCUCAGUUUAAAGAUGGUUACGAAGGUUUGCAAGGAAAUGCUAAAAAUGUUGUUUGGAUUUUUGGCAAAUUUUCUCCAUUUUUUCUGAUAGUCCCUUUGUUUGAACUGGUUAUUUUACCUCUCUUUCCUAAAUUGGAAUAUUUUAUAAUUAAUCCAUUAAGAGGACUUGGUUUGGCUAGUGUUAUUUUUAUUUUAUCAAUUAUUAGCUUUUUUCUCAUUGACUUGAUUGGAAGACAUGUUAGCGAUGUGUCUGAAAUGCCUUGCUUUUUCAUUUGGGAAUCAGUUGAGAAAACAAUUCAGAUUUCCUAUUGGAUACUACUCAUACCAUCAGUAUUAGCUGGUGUAUCAUUAUUUCUCUCUUAUACAUGUAUGCUUGAGUUUCUGUGUAGCCAGUCUCCUUUUGGUAUGCAUGGAAUGAUCAUUGGACUGUUCUGGUUUAUGCAUGGUAUAUACAUUGACAUUGGUUCAGGCAUUUUAUUAAUAGUUUAUUAUCACCCUAUACACUCAGUCUCAUUUAUGUCAUGUACCUCUUGGCUCUCUGUAAUAUUUGGUAUAAUUGCUGUUAUUGGAUUAGUGGUGUAUGUAUUAAUAGCUCGAUGGUAUGUCAAUAGGGUCAGGGAUACUGAUCUUGGUCUACGUGCAGCAGUAGAGGAACACUGGGAAAAGAGACUGAUGGCAGGGAAUGCCAUAAAUAACACUAAGAGUACAUAAUAUUAUGUACU